AUUCUAUUCAAAGAUAAGUUUAAGAAUAUUCUGAGGUCAUUUGAUGGGUGCAAAUUCUCAUUCUAUCAGUUAUACAUGAUGGGGAAAUAGUUUGAUUAUUUUGUUUAUUCUCUCUUUUUUGGGAACACACUAUCGGACGUUCCCGUUGGCUUUUCACCAAAGUUGGCCAGUGGAUUGUAUCCAUGCAUAUAUAUAUUAUUUUUUGAUGGAACAGUUUCACUUCAAAAUUUUAUUAUUUUUCCUUUUUCACGCGAGCUACUGCACCAGACACAAAACUAAUUACAGAGUCGUGAUGACCACCUUCGAAAGUAUAUACAUAUAAUUGUGUAUGAAUCAGAGGCGGUACCGAAACUGGACUGUUUCUCUGCUCAGAGAAUAGUCCAUGGAAAAAGUAAAUACUUAUAGCACUUGAAAAGCUCUUUCAGUUGAUGUAUUCAUGAUCCUGUUCAUUCAACCAUGAAUUUUAGAAAUGACUAUCUUGAUUUCAAUCAAUAAUAAGUAGUGCUGAUUAGUGACUGCACAGGUGUAGGCUAUAAUCUAUAUUGAUUUCCUUGGAUUGAACUGUAGCUGUAGAUCAUAUACUAUAUUGUUGUGCAAAAACGAUGGCUUCUAACUAUUCCUUAUAUCCUAGAUGAAAUUUUCAAAAAUAGAUAUUCUAAUAAUUAAUAAAAACUGGUUCUCGUUAUAUUAUUGGAUAGGUGGCCCAUCUUUCGUUCAAACUAUGAAAAAGAUGAAUUUUUAUCUAUCGUUAUCGAAUUAUUUUUUCACUGUCUUUUUUCUAUUGGUAGUUUUAGAUAAAAACAAACUAGACUAACCACUGAGAAAAAAAAGAUAAUAUUCCGCAAAAACGCAAGAAACGUCUCUGUAGUUACUAAUGUCACGCCUAAUUAAGCAUUAAGCACCGCUUAAUACUAUUUAAUCUCAGAUUUGUCAGCACAUUAUUCACACUUGAAUAUACGACAAAUCGGUAGCACAAAAACUUAUCAACAUUAAUACUAUUAGUAUGGCUAAUUACAUUAUUCAUCAUGGAAACAGACAUGGGCAUAAUUUGAUUGGUUCAGGCCUUGGCGGUGGUUAUGUCUCAAGUGGAUAUGAAGAUGGAAGCUACGGUUACGGAUCUGGUGCGAGCUACGAAAGUGCAGGAUAUGGAGGUGCAGGCUAUGGUGCAAGCGCCUAUGGUGUUGAUGCUGGUUUAGGAGGUGGUUAUUCAGGUUAUGAAUCAUCAUCAUCAUCAUAUUCAGGUGGGUUAGAUGGUGGAUACAGUGGAGCCAGUUAUGGAGCAGGAUACGGUUUAGCCGCAGGAUACGGUGGAUCAUCAUAUGAAAGUUCAUCAUAUGGAGCUGGUAGUGCAUAUGCCACCGAUUCUCAAGGCUUAUAUCAAGAUUCAAAUCCACAAAUCAUACGCCGACCGGCGCCAGGUGGAGGAGUCACGUAUAAACAAAACAUCUUGGUUCGAUUCUUACAACCACCACCAGUUCCACCCCCAGGCCCUCUCAUUAUUCGAGAAGUUCGCCCACCACAACCACCAGCGCCACCCCCGCUUCGCAUCAGACAACAAGCACCACAACGUCCAGCCCCACCUCCACUUGUUCUUCGUGAACGACCACCAAUACCACCCGUCAAUAUCGGAACUCAAACAAUUAUCAGACGUUUAGCCGCACUUCCAGUUCCACCACGUUCAGUCAUCAUUGAGCGUCUUCCACCCCUUCCACCAAGACCACGUGACAUUGUCAUUGAACGAUGGAUCCCAUACGGACGUCAAGCUAAACGUCGUACAAUCGUUCAACGCGCUGGUCCCGCUCGACACUAUCAACGACCAAGAAAUAUUAUUAUUCAAUAUGAACCAAUUCAAGCUCGUGUUAUCAGACAAUUUCAACGAAUUGGAGUUCAAGCAGAAAAUCCACAUUCGUAUGUUGCAAGAUACGGUGCUUCACUUCGUGAUGCUCAUACAUUAUUGCAAGAAGCAAGACAAGCUGGUGUUGUUGAAGAUAUCAGUGCACCAGGCGUUGUUGGUAUUGGAUACGGAGCCUCUACUUAUGGACAAGAUGCAUCAUUCGUCGGAUUCGGAGCAGGAGCCGGUUACGCUGGAGGCUACGGAAGUUCAGCCUAUUCAUCAUCAUCCGGAUUCGAAGGAGGUUAUGGAGGUGGAUACGAUGGUGGAUAUUCAUCAUCCGGAUAUGAAGGAGGUUACGGAGGAGGACUAGCCUCAGGAUACAGUGGAUGGGAAUCAUCGUCAGCAUCAUACUUGGGUUGA